CUGAGUAGGUAUUUUGUUUCUACAGAACCAUGGGGUCCAGUCGUCUCAUCUGCAGUUUCAUUGGUAGGUAUUCCACACAGCACUACUUUUAUCAUUAAGUUAGUUUUAUUAAAUUCAUUUAAAUUAACCAGCCGGAUAAUGGAAAUGGAUGUUUGGUGUUGAUUGUGAUUUUGGGUCUCUGUGAUAUCUCUACUGCAAAGGAUGAAGAAUAAUAGUUACAUUUAUAUUGAAUUGAAUAUUACAAAUUAUGUAUGUAUGUGUGUGUGUUAAUUAGGAGUCAGGAGUCCCCUCUAAUCACUGUUGCAGCUUUCCCUCAACUGCAUCAGCCCCCAAUGUCGUUUUUAUUAUUAUAUUAUAAUUAAUUUAGUAUUUUCUCAUGUACCAUACAAGUAUUUCGAUGUGUUUUUGUAUCGUAGAACGCAACUAAGUAAACUCUGCUCUGUGGUUUCACUCGCUCAAAGCUGUAUCCCUCAUUAAUGUGCCGCUGAGUUCGGGUGCUGGGAGCUGCGUGCCUCUUGGUUCCCCAGAACUGGCCUCCAUCACGAUUCAGGCGAUGGGGAGGAACCUCACACUAGUUGGGAAGCGGCUGUGCUGGUCCGACGCCCUGUUCUACUGCAGAGACCAUCACUGGGACCUGCUGAGCAUCAGGGGCCCAGAGGACCAGGAGAUGGUUGAUGAGCUGGUGGCUGGCGCCCCCUUCCCGCUAACCAGACCACUCUGGGUUGGCCUGCGCAGGUCGAUUCGAGGAAGCUCCUGGUUUUGGAUGUCCGGUGACCCAAUGGACUUCACCCAGUGGGACACAGCCUCACAUCAUUCCAGCCCCUGUGCUGGCGUGUCCAGUGGGGAACCUUCCAAAUGGAGGCAAAGCUCUUGCGAAGAACAUCUUAACUUCAUCUGUUUUACAGGUACUACAGAAGUAGUGAAAAGGUACUUCUCUAGUUCCACAAGAAUUCCAACUUGUUAAAACUAGGCUGGUGUCACUGGGAAUGCAUCUAAUGAUUCACAAGUCCUAAAUCGUGAAGUUUCUGAAUGCUAUGGCUCAGAGGUUUUCUCUGGUUGCUAGCUAGUUCUGCAUUUUGUCCUUAAAGGCAUUGUCAUCAAACUCACGAAAGAUGUCUAUCCCUGGUAUUAGUGCUGUAAUAGCUUGAACAUGUAAAAAAGUUAGUUAUAUAAUCCAUGAACAUCAUUAUAAGCAGGGUUAGUUGUGAUAUUGCAUUAGUCCUUUGAUUCAAAUUGUGGAGAUUGAGUUCAAGAUGGUCAAAAAUCUAAAUAAAAUACCACUCGGCUUUUA